AUGAUUUGUAUGAGCACCUGGACGAAAUCGAUGAUUCGAGGCUUGAUCGAUGAAUCCGACAGGAGAGAGCUGCACAGGAUCGCCACAGGCUUGUCACGAACGGCCUCGCGCGCAGGUGCAGAUGAAGAUCCCUCAAGACUUCACCAGGUCAUCACGAUCCCCAGCGACGCUCCAGAGAUGAAGCCUGACAACCCAAACUUCAACCCUUACAAAUGGGUUCAAAGCUUCGUCCGACAACUCGAGCGAGAGGGCAUCUCAUCUGCCCGGACCGGUAUCAUGUUCGAGAAUCUCUCCGUAUCCGGCACGGGAGACGCAGUCCAACUACAAAACACCGUCGGAUCAGUCCUGCGAGGACCACUGGCUCCUGGCAAACUGGUCCACCUGGGAAAGAAGACGCCCAAAAGAAUCCUACAUGACUUCAACGGCCUCCUUCAGAGCGGAGAGCUGCUCAUCGUUCUCGGCCGGCCGGGCUCUGGCUGCAGCACCCUGCUCAAGACCAUGUGCGGCGAGUUGAAGGGCUUAAAACUUGACAGCAAGUCCACCAUCAGCUACGACGGCAUUUCGCAGCCCGAGAUGAAGAAGGAGUUCAAGGGCGAGGUCAUUUACAACCAGGAGGUCGACAAGCACUUCCCUCACCUCACCGUGGGCCAGACGCUGGAAUUCGCCGCAGCGUGUCGGACGCCCUCGCACCGCAUCAACGGCAUGGGUCGGCAGGAGUUCUACAAGCUCAUGACACAGGUGACCAUGGCCGUCUGCGGCCUGUCACACACGUACAAUACCAAGGUCGGCAACGAUUUUGUGAGGGGCGUUUCGGGUGGUGAGAGGAAGCGUGUCAGUAUAGCGGAAAUGAUGCUUGCUGGAUCACCUUUUGCCGCAUGGGAUAACAGCACCCGAGGACUGGACUCGGCCACUGCCCUCAAGUUUGUCCGGACAUUGCGUGUCAUGAGCGACAUCUUCAGUGCCACCCAUGCAAUUGCCAUCUAUCAGGCCAGUCAGGCUAUAUACGACCUCUUCGACAAGGCAACAAUCUUGUACGAGGGCAGACAGAUCUAUUUCGGACCGGCAAAAGAAGCCAAGGCCUUCUUCGAGAGGCAGGGCUGGUAUUGCCCACCACGACAGACCACAGGCGACUUUCUCACAUCGGUGACCAACCCAGCGGAGCGAAAAGCCCGUCUAGGCAUGGAGGGAAGCGUGCCACGCACCCCAGAAGACUUUGAGAGAUACUGGCGUGCAUCACCAGAAUACCAUGCGCUCCAACAAGGCAUCACGGCUCACGCAACGACAUACGCCCUGCCUUCCGAGCACAACCGAAAUCAUCAUCAUCAUACUAAUAGUGAUAAUAAUAAUAAUAACAACAACAACAACAACAACAACCCGACACUGCAGCAGUUCCGAACCAACAAGCAGCAGAGACAGGCAAGGCAUGCUCACCCCAAGUCACCUUACACCAUCACCGUCCGGCAACAGAUCGGCCUCAAUACCAAGCGAGCCUACCAACGCAUCUGGGGCGACAAGUCUUCGACCGUGGUCAACGCCAUCAUGCAGGUCAUCCUCUCGCUCGUCAUCGGUUCCAUCUUCUACAGCCCUGCCAACAACGAGGCGACCGCUGGGUUCUUUUCCAAGGGAGCGGCGCUAUUCAUUGCUGUCCUCUCCAAUGCGCUGUCCUCCAUCUCCGAGAUCAGCAACCUGUACGCACAGAGACCUAUCAUCGAAAAACACGCCGCCUAUGCUUUCUACCGUCCAUCCACAGAAGCAUUCGCUGGUAUCGUGGCAGAUAUUCCCGUCAAAUUCCUCAUCGCCGUCUGCUUUAAUGUUGUGCUCUACUUUCUGGCGGGCCUCUAUCGAGAGCCGGGACAGUUCUUCUUGUACUUCUUGGUCACUUACAUCUCCACCUUUGUCUUCUCGGGCCUGUUCCGCACCGUAGCAGCGGCCACCAAAACCGUCUCCCAGGCCAUGACGUGUGCAGGCGUCUUGGUCCUGGCGCUGACCAUCUACACUGGCUUCGUCAUCGCCGUGCCGCAGAUGAAGGUCUGGUUCGGCUGGAUCCGCUGGAUCAACCCGCUCUACUACGCAUUCGAGAUCCUGAUCGCCAACGAGUUCCACGGGCAUGAGUACAUCUGCUCCUCCAUCAUACCAAACUACACGCCACUGCAGGGGGAUUCUUGGGUCUGCAACGCCGUUGGGUCGGUUCCUGGGCGGUCGACCGUGAGCGGAGACGCGUUCAUCGCGGCAAACUAUUCAUACUACUGGUCGCACGCCUGGCGAAACUUUGGCAUCCUGAUCGCCUUCCUGGUCUUCUUCACCGCGCUCUACAUGGUUGUCAUCGAGCUCAACUCGGGCGCCGACAGCUCGGCCGAGUUCCUGGUGUUCCGACGGGGUCACGUGCCGGCACAUCUCCAGAGCAAGGGCAGCAGCGGCGACGUUGAGGACCAGGCUCAGGAGAAAGCAGGAGGCGAGGUUGCGCGGGAUGCGGCGCCAGAGGUUCGUGCCCUGGAGCCGCAGAAAGAUAUCUUUACCUGGAAGGAUGUCACGUAUGAUAUUCAUAUCAAGGGGGAAGAGAGACGACUUCUGGAUCAUGUGGCCGGCUGGGUCAAGCCUGGCACUUUGACAACCCUUAUGGGCGUCAGUGGUGCGGGCAAAACGACAUUGCUUGAUGUCCUCGCACAGCGAACAACGAUGGGUGUGAUUACAGGAGAUAUGCUGGUGAACGGCAAGCCUCUGGAUGAGAGUUUCCAGCGCAAGACGGGCUAUGUACAGCAGCAAGAUCUUCACUUGGAGACGGCAACAGUCAGAGAGAGUCUGCGGUUCAGCGCCAUGCUCCGACAACCAAAGUCGGUUAGCAAAGCAGAAAAGUACCAAUUCGUCGAGGAGGUCAUCGAGAUGCUGAACAUGGGCGACUUUGCCGACGCCGUGGUGGGCAUCCCCGGCGAGGGGCUCAACGUCGAGCAGAGGAAACUCCUCACCAUCGGCGUCGAGCUCGCAGCCAAGCCCAAGCUCCUGCUCUUCCUCGACGAGCCCACCAGCGGUCUCGACUCGCAGAGCUCCUGGGCCAUCGUCGCCUUCCUGCGCAAGCUCGCGGAUGCUGGCCAGGCCGUCCUGUGCACCAUCCACCAGCCCAGCGCGAUCCUCUUCCAAGAAUUCGAUCGCCUCUUGUUCCUGGCCAGAGGAGGCAAGACUGUGUACUUUGGGGACAUUGGCGAGAACUCCAGGACCCUGCUAAACUACUUCGAGUCCAAGGGUGCACGGCCGUGUGGGCACGACGAGAACCCGGCAGAAUAUAUGCUCGAGAUUGCCAACAGCCCACAGGACGACUGGCACUCUACAUGGCUCGACAGCCAGGAGCGUCGAGACGCCGAGACCGAGAUUGAACGCAUCGCAGUCGAGAAGAAGAAGGAGGAUCAGGAGAGACACCACCGGCACGGGCAUUCAGCAGCAGGAGCAGAGGACGACGACGAAAGUCACUCCGAGUUUGCCAUGCCUUUCAGCCAGCAAUUCCUCGCCGUCACCAUCCGAGUGUUCCAACAAUACUGGCGCAUGCCGUCCUACAUCUUUGCCAAGUUCAUCCUCGGCGUGGCAGCCGGCCUCUUUAUCGGAUUCUCCUUCUACCAGGGUGGCGGCACACUCGCCGGCAUGCAGAACGUCAUCUUCUCCGUCUUCCAGAUCGUCACCCUCUUCUCGACCAUUGUCCAGCAGAUCCAGCCCCUGUUCGUGACGCAGCGGUCCCUGUACGAGGUGCGCGAGCGGCCCAGCAAGGCCUACAGCUGGAAGGCCUUCAUGAUGGCCAACAUCAUCGUCGAGAUCCCUUACCAGAUCGUCACGGGCAUCCUGAUCUGGGCCUGUUUCUACUACCCCGUCGUCGGCGCAGAGCAGUCCUCGGAGCGCCAGGGGCUCGUCCUCCUGCUCUGCAUCCUGCUGUUCAUCUACGCGAGCGCCUUUGCCCAGAUGACCAUCGCCGCCCUGCCCGACGCCACCACCGCCGGCGCGGUCGUGACCCUGCUCAUGCUCAUGAGCCUGGUCUUUUGCGGCGUCCUGCAGACCCCCACCGCCCUCCCUGGGUUCUGGAAGUUCAUGUACUACCUCAGCCCUUUCACCUACUGGAUCUCCGCCAUGGCGUCCACCAUGCUCCACGGCCGCGCCGUCACGUGCUCCACGUCCGAGACCACCAUCAUCAGCCCGCCUUCGGGCCAGACCUGCGGCCAGUACUUUGCUGUCUACCUCGAGGGCGCCGGCGCCGCGGGCUCCCUGCAGAACCCCAGCGACACCAGCGCCUGUCGGUACUGCUCCAUCACCACGGCCGACACCUACCUGGCUGGGAGCAACAUCUACUGGGAUGACAGGUGGCGCAAUUUUGGUAUCUUCUGGGCCUAUGUGGUGUUCAAUGUGUUUGUUGCCGUCUUCACUUACUAUUUGUUCCGGGUCAGGCCGUUGCAACGGGCGGCAAAGGCCAAGAGCAAGUAAGCUUUUCGAUGGCUGAGAAAGAGGAUUUUGUGAUUUUGUUGAUCCCAAGUUUUGCGUUUCAAGAGCCGCCUUUUUUUCUUCUUCUUCUUCUUUAUGCUGUUAUUUGCUAUUGGGGCGCAAGGCCUAGGAUGGUGGUUACGAUUAGAUCUAGAGCGUCGACUGGAUCAUCACUGAAAAUAUCCACAGGCACAACUGUAAUAGACUUUCUUUUGUUGUUUUGAAAAGUCUUUCUUAUCUGAAUAGAUAGCAUCGUGUAUGAACUUGAUACUAACUACACAUAAUGCACCC